GGUGAUACUGUCAACUGCAUGCUCAUGUCAACCGCUGUUGAAAUGUUGAAUCCAACCGCAAAAUGUUGAAUCCAAAAAAUUGGUUUGAUUUCGGUCGACUUGGUCGAAAGGUAUUAUCAGCGCGUGAGCUUAGCAAUUUUAAACCGAGACAGUUUAGUUGGAAUAGUGAAUUUUAUGACAAUUACCUACCCGAUGAAAAGGCAAUCAAUGAAAUCGAGGAGGAAAGUAAAAUCCGAAAGAGCCGUGGAAGUGUACAGUUGUUGCGGCAUUACUUCAAGGGCUAUAACAAUGAAUGUGACAAUGAAAAGAAGAACGAACUUCGAUUGAAGUUGAUGAACGAAUUGAAAAAGUUUUCAAACAAAACGCAUCCAACCGUCUUGAGCUAUGGAGCCGAUUCGGAUAAAGUGGAACUGUAUUCAUUUGGUGAUCUACACAAAAAUCCGAUGCCAAAUUUCAAAAGUUACGAAGAACUAGGCAAAAUGUCAAACACAAUUCGAAUGAGUCAGCUGGGUAAUUUUACCGGUCCGGGAUCAUACUAUUUUAUGGACAGUAUAGCGGAAUUGGAAAAGGCACUGAUUCAAUAUACACAGGAUAUUUUGCUCAAAGAAGGAUUCGAACUACUUGUGGUGCCUGACAUUUUGCCGGCGGAACUAAUCGAAGGCUGCGGAAUGCAAGUUGAAGGUCAUCCAAAUCAGAUUUAUCGUUUGAAACCUUCGAAUUUAUGUUUGUCGGGCACAUCAGAAAUGGCACUAGCGGGCUACUUUAGUGGCAAAACAUUGAAAGUGGACGAAGCGCCGAAAAAAGUGAUGGCGACUAGCCGAUGUUUUCGAGCUGAGGCAGAUGGUUCAGGGACGGAUGGGAAUCUGUAUCGUGUGCAUUGUUUUACCAAAGUUGAAAUGUUUGCCACUUGUUUGCCAUCGCAAUCCGAAGGGCUUUUGGAAGAGUUUCGCGAUAUUCAACGUAGUUUGUUCGAAGGUCUUGGGCUUUGUUUCAAACUUUAUGAUAUGCCAGUACACGAUUUAGGGGCACCAGCCUACCGAAAAUAUGAUAUCGAAGCUUGGAUGCCAUCGCGAAAUGAAUUCGGAGAGAUUUCAAGUACCAGCAAUUGCACCGACUACCAAGCAAAGCGUUUGAAUAUCUACUUCCAAGACGGAGCACAUAAAUUCCAUGCGCAUACCGUCAAUGGGACUGCAUGUGCGAUACCACGAAUGAUAAUUUCAAUUAUAGAGCAAUAUCAGACACCGCGUUCGUUACGCGUUCCGGACGCAUUGCAACCGUACAUGGGAAAGACUGAGCUGCGUACAACAAAUCUAGUGCCACCGGUAUUUCUUGCCAAGCACAAAGAGAAAAAGCCGAAAAAACAAAAACAUUGAAAAUGCACCAUUCGAAUUUAUGUGUUAAUUUUGGAAUGCAGUCAAGAAUGAAAUUGUGGCCGUUUCCGAUGGCAAGCACUGGCCAAAUGCUUCCAAAAGUAAUGGCUCUGCCGUAACCGUUGUCAAAUAGUCCUGAAACGAAAUCUGAAGAGAGAGAGAGAGAGAAAAACAACAAAAAUCGCAAUAAAACUGUACAUUUGAAUCGAAUUA